UUGUGUUCAAUCGCGCGUCAGUUUUCCACAGGGUGGCAGUAGUGCUCCUUAGAUCUAACCACGAUUACACAUCAAGGAGGAGAGGAAAGCCCGCGAUAGGUCAGAGGAAGGAAGGCUGUCCUAUGAAAAGUUAACCCAAAGCCGUGCGAUCGAUCUCGGAGAGAUAGGGACGACGAAAUGAAAAGGCGUAGUAAGAGAAGAAAGGUGCAACAGGUUCGUUUUCGCCAGACAACUCUGGAGGAGUCUGUAUUCCUAUUUCGCCACGAGAAGCAGACUCACGACGACCAGCACUGUGGUGUGGAGUCGGUGGAAGCAAUUCCCAGUUCAUCUGAAGCUGGACCUAGUGGCGAAUGCCGUGCGCAGCCAAGUCGGGCAUGCAAAAAAGUUUGUCAGGUGGAUCUUAGUAGCAGUGAUGACAGCGACACUGACGAUCAGUGGGACAAUCAAGACCUUUGGAGCCCAACUCGGACAGCACCAGGACCCGUUUCAGACAGCGAGUCUGACUGCUUUUCGGACGAGGCAGGAGAAAUUAGACCCAUCACUCCUUCUAAUUUGGAUCCGGAUGGCAUGGAGGAAUUGGAAGAGACAGAACGAAGGACAGAACCACAGGUGCCUUCAAAGAGGGGUCGACAAAUGACAAGGGGCAGAACAGCUGGGGCCAAGCGAGGGCGUGCACCAAGCCGGUCGGUGAGCAGUACCACCCUGGAGGAAUGGCAGAGAGAGGACUGGAGGCCUAGAGACAUACCCUUCAGUGCAACCCCUGGACCACGAGAGCCCCGUUGGCCAGAACACAAAGGUUCUGUUACCACCUCCUACGGCGUGGACGUGGGGUUGGAUUUUAAGAGGCAGGAACAGGAACAGGAACCGGAACUGGAACAAGAACAAAAACUAUUUACAUUAUGUACAAAAGUUUAG